AACUGCACGUUCCAGCAGUGAAAGCAUCUGUCCUGCUCUGAAACAUUCCGCAGGGGCUGUAGCUUCAGGCAAGCAAGAAAACGCGGAGCAGAUUAAAGGAAGAAAAACUGACUGACAGUCUCAAAAAAACUGCUAUUCAAGGUUAGAGCACAUUGACAAAACCAACAAGAAAAUGAACUGCAAAAUCCAGGCAUUAACCCUCUUGGCUCUGGCAUUUGUCUGUGCAGAGAGCACCGUCGUUCCACCCAGAUGUCUUUGCUUAAAUGUUGUCAAAAUGGUGCCAUUCAGAUUGGUAGAGGACUACUUAAUCAUUCCAAAAGAAACACAUUGCUCAAAAAUUCAAAUCAUACUUGCAGUAAACAUGAACAACUCAAAAAUGGAAACAUGCCUUGACCCCAAAUCAAAACAAGGCAGAUCACUUGUCGCAUGUUGGGAAAGAAUUGGCCAUGACAUCACGAGGAAGAGGGAAUGUAUUCCAACGAGCAGGAGAGGCACUAACAACUAAGAAAAGAAUUAGAUCCAAAAAGAGAAGCAGAGGAAGGGUGCUGUACUUAGAGAAGAUUAAAAGGAAAAAGGAAAUUCACCUUUUGACUUCUGAUGUCUCUUGCGAUUUGCAUCACAGGGGUAGCCAAUUCAGAAAGUGUUCAAACUUAUCAUUUCAAAAUCAAGAACAAUGAAUUGUUCUCUUAAUGUCUUGAUUCAAUCCAUUACCAGUAAUAGCUGUAUUUAAUUUCAGUAUGUUUUGUGUGAAACAAAACCUAAUCUAAUGAAGCAAGUAUGUUAUUUAUGUAUUGUCAUUUAAUUCCAUAAGUUACACUGAUACUUUGUGCUGUGAGCACUUUCAUGUCAAGUUUGUCCAAGGCACUGUGUAAAAUCAGACGAUAUUGUACAUGGUGACACAAAGCAAGUCAAAACUUGCCAAAACAUCUACACAAAAAAAAAAUUCACCAGACAAAUGAAAAUUGUUGUGCAGUGGUGUGUGUUGCUGAACCGAUUAAUCGUAGAUCGAAUCAAGCGGGUCAGUGUUUAUACAACUAAACUAUAAUGCAUUCCAUAAGUAAUGCACAUUAAAAAUGUAAUUUUGAAGCUUUAUUUUAUUUAUAUUAUGUUUUAUAUUGCACAGAAGGUAUUUUAUGUAAAGAAGGACAACAUUUUCCAAGUGAUUUUGUAGAGCAGAGCAUAUGUAUUUUUCAAACUUGAAGAUAACACCAUGUAUACAUUGGCAUGUUUUGAACAAACACGCCAUUCAUAGGUCAAAGCUGCAAUUUCUAAGUUUUUACAAUAAAAUUCAAAUGAACCAAGAAAAA